UUUCCCUCCGCCUUCCCCCUCCCUUUUUUCAUUUCCUAUUAGGUUUGUAGAGCCCUUAAUUUCACAACACUGUUUCAAAACAGUGAGCAAACCUUAAUCUGAGAGAGAGAAGAUAGAGGGUUUGAAGAGAGACUGGGGUUGAAGGGGAAGGGUUUCAAUCGGCGGCAAGACUGGUUCAGCUUUCGUUUCUCUCAUAAAAGGAGUCUACCUAAUAGCCUUGGACUCUUCGUUUCUCUCAUACUCCUCACCUCUCCCACAAAAUCCCAUUUUUUUCUCAACUUUCUGGAUUUUGAGCGUACCCAGAAAUGGAGAGUGGUUUGGAUCCCCAGAUGAGCAACACCUCUCAUGGGUCGGAAGAUGAGUCUUUGAUGGAGAUGGGAUCUGGAAGUUUUUGGUGCUCACAUUACAGAAGGAGAUGCAAGAUCAGAGCACCUUGUUGUGAUGAGAUAUUUGAUUGCAGGCAUUGCCAUAAUGAAUCCAAGUUUAAAAAAAUAAAGGAUGCUAUUGAAUCGCACAACACUGCUCGUUGCAGCAUUGGUCCAACUAAGGGUGUUGGAGAUCUUAACCUUGAAGCUUUAUCUGCUCCACAGAAGAAAGGAAAUGAGAAGAUUUUUAUUUUGAUUCAGGCUUCUGCCUAUAAUUUGCAUCCCCCCAUGUUUGUGGCCAUCAAAAGUGAUGUCUGAUAUAUUAUUUUGUAAGUUUUCAUUUUUCUUUGUGAACAAAGUAGUAACUAGACGAGGUUACACUACUGCUGCAUUCUUUGUUGUCGUCGUUCUACCUGUGAUGUAGAAUUCUUCUACUUUCAGAAUUCCCAUGAAAAUGAAAUUCCACC